AUGGCUGAUGCAGCCUCAUUUGGAACAUUCCUCAAGGCCUGGGCCCACACUGCAUCGGGAAAUCUCGAUGCAGUGAUUGUUCUAGAUUUUGGUAUAGCCUCUAUUUUUCCAGCAAGAGAUGACUUCCAGACCUUGCCACCACACAUUUACCAGCUGCCACCACCACAGAUCAGUGCCGCCAAGCUCAAUGCACUCAAGGUAAAAGCCACCGUCGCCACCGUGCCACAGCCCAACCGUGUCCAGGCUGUUUCCGCCCUCAUUUGGAAAUACGUGGUGGCGGCCUCAAGAUCAAGAUCACCAACAAGGCCAAGGCCAUCCGCAUUGGUCUUGUCGGCAAACAAACGAGCAUGCCUCGUGCCACCAUUGCCCGAGUGGUGCUUUGGAAAUGUAGGACACCCACUAGUAGCGAACCUAGAUGAUGAGAUUGAAAUGGAUUUAGCAAGAUUGGUGGGCAGGAUAGGGGAAGGGAAGCUAGAAUUGGGGAAGAAUUGUGUGGCAACGAGGCCGGAGAUUUGCAGUUCAAUAAUGGAGUUGGGAAAGGAGCAGGUGGGGAUGAUGGGCAUGAGUGGAAGUGAAGAAGUGGAUGUGUAUGCUCAUACUAGUUGGUGUAGAAUGCCAUGGUAUGAGGCUGAUUUUGGGUGGGGAAAGCCAACUUGGGCAACCAUUGGAAGUGUGGGAGUCCCUAAUGUUUCUGUGUUGAGUGAAGCAAGAGAUGAGGAGGGAAUAGAAGUUUGGGUGUGUUUGAUUGAACAAGACAUGGCUUUGUUUCAGAGCACCCAAAACUUGCUUGCCUUUGCCACUCUCAAUCCAAGUGCUCUCAACUGA